CUUUGAGUUCGUUGCAACACGUUAUUGUAGCAGACAAGGAAGAAGACAGACAAGACAGCUGGGCUCGGCGGGGUAGAAGUAAACAGUCAAGCCAGAGAUGAACUCCACGUAACGUUUGGCGUUUCCCGAAUGCGUAAGAAUGAUGGCUCAAGGUGUAAUGGACGGUCCGGUUACACUUGUCAUCCGAGCGCCGAAUCAGAAAUAUGACGACCAGACUAUUAAUUGCUGCCAGAACUGGACUGUGGAGAAACUCAAAGCCCAUUUGUCAGAUGUGUAUCCGAGCAAACCGAGCUCCAAAGACCAGAGACUGGUGUAUUCCGGCAAGCUGCUUUUGGAUCACUUAACUUUAAAAGAUGUACUCAGAAAGCAAGAUGAGUACCACAUGCUCCAUCUGGUCUGCCCCUCGCCAACUCCUCCCAGCUCCCCAAGCGUCCCCCGCAAGCCUCGGGAGAGCACGGCCGAACCCGCGGUCACUCAACCUGCUUCCUUCCCUAGUCAACACAGUCAUUCGGAGAGCAAUGACGGCCGUGUGGGCUUCUCUUACGACCAGUUGCAUCAACAAUUCACAAACAGUUGGAGUCAUUUCUCUGCAAUGUCGACCCCUCCCACAAACGCGACCCCCUAUUACAACCCUCUGACGCUCAUGUGGUGGCAGCAGCUGUAUGCUCGGCAGUACUACAUGCACUAUCAUUUACUCGCAACCUCCUCCCAAAACCCAAGCCACGACCUGCCCAGGACUCACGGCCUCCCCCAGGAGGACCCCCUUAGCCAGCGUCCGCGAGCGGAUCGCCGCGGCAACCCCGAAGUGGAGAUGAACGCCCAAGGAGGGGAGAUACUGAACGAAGAGGAUCUCAACCGGGAUUGGCUGGACUGGGUUUUCACGUUUUCCCGGGCCGCCGUCUUACUCAGUAUCGUGUACUUCUACUCGUCCUUCAGUCGCUUUCUCAUGGUGAUGACGGCCAUGCUGGUGCUUUACCUUCACCAGGCCGGCUGGUUUCCCUUCAACCUAGAGAACGAACUCCAGCUUCCUGGAGAAAACCAGGAAGAGAUGGAGGCAGAGCUACACAACAAUGACCUUCAUGGAAUGGAACAUGUGGCAGAUGACAGCUCCGAUGACGACGAAAGCGGAGAGGAAGGAGCAGAGGACCCGAACCGUGUCAUCCGGCAAACGGGCAUCCUGUCCUCCAUGUGGUCAUUCGUCAUCACCUUUUUCAUGUCUCUCUUUCCCGAGGGACCGCAGAACGCUGCCAACUGAGCCGAACGUCUCGAUCGGAGUCGUUUUUUCCCCUCCCCCCCACCACCACCGACUUAAAUAUAAAGCAGCGAUCUGCUCUGCUUGUGUUUGUUCGGCGUAAUUAGGUGACGAAUGGACAUUGAAUGGCUCUUAAAGUUUGAUGGGGGUGCCAUGUUAGCUUAGUCUGACUAACACGUCGUCUCUAAUAAUAUAUUGAAAAGCAUGAGACACAUUGCGUAACCCGAAUAGAAGUAGACAAGAUGCAAUCCUUCCACUGUGGGACGAGAUGACUUAAAAAAAAAAAAAUGUUUCGACAGACUGAUGGUGGAAGGGUUACGUUGUUCUGUCAGGCCGUGUGGAAGAACUGAUUAAAUAUUAAAGGGCUGUUGUAGAAUUGCCUGUCA